ACUCAAAAACAUUCAUAGAAAUGAACUGAAGGCUUCGCCAGUAUGGGGAGUCCCGCUGGAGAGGAGUAAUGAAAACAGUGAUUUAAAAAAGCAUGAGGAGGCAGCAGGAUCAGGAAGCAAGAGAUGGAGGGGAAGGAAACCAGCAGCGCCCCAACGUGUGCGCUGUGCAGAAGCUCAUUGGGACAAACAGGAAAUACUUCACCAACUGCAAGCAGUGGUACCAGAGGAAAAUCUGCGGCAAAGCCACAGUAAUCAGUUAUGAGUGCUGUCCUGGAUAUGAAAAAGUUCCUGGAGAAAAAGGCUGCCCAGCUGCGUUGCCACUUUCAAACAUCUAUGAAACCCUUGGCGUCGUUGGAUCUGCUACCACGCAGCUCUACUCUGACCGGUCUAACCUAAGACCAGAAAUUGAAGGACCUGGAAGUUUUACAAUUUUUGCCCCAAGUAAUGAGGCCUGGGCAUCCUUGUCUGCUGAAACAUUGGAUUCCUUAGUCAGUAAUGUUAACAUUGAGCUGCUCAACGCCCUCCGCUACCAUAUGGUGAACAAACGAGUCCUAACAGAUGAGCUGAAACAUGGGACAGCACUUAAUUCAAUGUACCAGAACCUUCCUAUCCAGAUUCACCACUAUCCCAAUGGGAUUGUGACUGUGAACUGUGCCAGGCUUUUGAAAGCUGACCACCAUGCCACCAACGGAGUGGUUCAUGUCAUCGACAAAGUCAUCGCCACCACUACAAACAGCAUUCAGCAGAUCAUUGAAACCGAGGAAAGCCUGGAAACUCUCCGGGCUGCUGUGGCUGCUUCCAAUCUGAACAGCUUGCUGGAAAGUGAAGGCCAGUACACGCUCUUGGCUCCAACCAACGAAGCCUUCGAGAAGAUCCCACGAGAGACUCUGAACCGGAUCCUGGGGGACCCAGAGGCCCUCAGGGACCUGUUGAACCAUCACAUACUGAAAUCAGCCAUGUGUGCUGAGGCCAUCAUUGCUGGCCUGACGAUGGAGACUCUGGAAGGAACCACCUUGGACGUAGGCUGCAGUGGGGAGGAGCUGACCCUGAAUGGGAAGCCCAUCAUUGCUAACAAGGAUGUCCUGGCUACCAAUGGUGUCAUACAUUUUGUAAAUGAGCUGCUGAUCCCAGACUCAGCUAAGACCCUGUUUGAGUUGGCCCAGGAAUCUGCAGUUUCCAAGUCUAUGGACCUCUUCAGACAAGCUGGUCUCAGUUCUCAUCUGACUGGCAGUGAGCGUGUGACACUUCUUGCCCCAAUAAAUGAUGUAUUCAAAGAUAGAAUUCCCCCUGUUGACAGCUCCAUGAAAAAUUUGCUUCUGAACCACAUUGUUAAAGACCAGCUUUCCUCUAAAUAUCUUUACCACGGACAGAAACUGCAGACUCUGGGUGACAAGGAACUGAGAGUUUUUGUUUACCGCAAUAACCUUUGCAUUGAAAACGCCUGCAUUGCUGCCCAUGACAAGAGAGGAAGGUUUGGGACCCUGUUUAGCAUGGACAAAAUGUUGACCCCACCAUCUGGUUCAGUGAUGGAUGUUCUUAAGGCAGACCAUCGCUUCAGUACGUUGGUGGCUGCAAUCCAGUCUGCAGGUCUAACAGAGACCCUGAACAGGCCAGGUACCUUCACAGUGUUUGCUCCAACAAAUGAAGCUUUCCGAGCCAUGCCACAAGGAGAACUGAACAAAUUAAUGGGUAAUGCCAAAGAACUUGCCAACAUCCUCAAGUUUCACGUUGCGGACGAGAUCCUGGUUAGCGGCGCCGUCGGGGCUCUCGUGCGACUGAAGUCCAUGCAGGGGGAUAAGCUGGAAGUCAGCGUGAAAAACCAUGUAAUACAUAUCAACAAGGAGCCUGUUGCUGAAAGUGAUAUCAUGGCCACGAACGGUGUGAUUUAUGCUGUGAACUCAGUCUUACAGCCUCAGGCUUCAAGGCCUCAAGAACGAGGUGAUGAGCCUGCAGAUCCUGCGUUAGAAAUCUUCAAACAGGCAUCUGCAUUAUCCAAGGUUUCUCAAAGGAAUCCUCGACUAGCACCCGUCUACUCCAGGCUACUAGCAAAGAUGAAGGAGAACUCGGGCGGGUUCUGAGCGCCCACGUGAGCACCCCCCAGUCACCGCCUCCGUCGACCUCCACUGACAGCUUAAGAGGAGGACAGAAUUGUUUUAAAAAACCAAAUAUCACCCUUAAAUUUAUUUUUGUCUCCAGUGAAAAGGAUAGGAAAAAUUAAAAGCCAUAUAUAUAUAUGUAUAUAUUUUAAGACCAUUUUUAUUUGUUUUUGACCUUAAAGUUUUCACACUAAGGAUAUUUUGAUUUGUUUUUUUACAAAGUAGUCAUCAGUUUGCAGUUUUGACUUACCCAGUUUUGGGCUUGAUACCCGUGAUGUACAAGGGCAGGUGCUUAAUUCAGCCCUGAUUCAGAAGCAUGUAAAAAGAUACUUAGAGCUUUCCAUGAUGCUGUCUCAAUUAAGGAGACUUUGAAUUAAAGGUCCUUUUCCAGGCUCCGAGUGGUACUGACUGGAUCUGCAAAUUCCGGGUUUCUGAAAUGGGAAGCCAGGUAUAAUCUCACUGAAAACCCCCUCCAAACCAGUGCCAGCACUGGGAAACUUUUGCCAGAAUGGCUUGGCAGGAAUUCUAUAUUUUCAGCUUUCAGGGUAAAUAUAUCACCCAGGGGCCAACUGCAUAGCUUAGGCAAAUGAUGAUUGCUUUGGAGGAGGUAAAUUUGUUCAAUUCAUGAACCAUUACCCAAGCAAUUCUUUUUUUUUUCCCUAGUUUCUUUGUUUUUGUUUUUGUUUUAUUUUCCAGCAUGCGUUUCCUUCUUCCCCUGUGUUUUAAAAGUCUCCCGUGAAAUUCUGAAUUGAGAGGCUUUUUUUUAAAAGCCUCCUGUUGACAUUGAGGAAACUGCAUGAUUAUAAGCUAUGGUUUGAACUGUUCUCUUUUUUUUUAUUGGGUUUUGUUUAUGCCUAUGGAUUUUAACUGUGCUGCGUUUUGUUCACAACGAGAUUGAGAUGAAAGUUCUCCCUGGCAGAAGCCUUCCAGUAAAUGAUUCAUUUGUAAUAAUGUUUGGUUUUUUAAUAAAACUUAAAAAUAAAAAUCA